CCUGAACUGGCCCCCUUUGGAGGACCCCUUGCCGGUACCCUCCUCGCCCGUGGGUAGAUGGCCAUGGUAGCAAAGGAGGGCGAGCGAGGAGGAAGAGAUACAUUUGACGACUAUAAGAUGCAGGACGAUGCUGGCCGGAUGCAGGAACAAGUCUGGUUCAUCAACCACACACCCUUUCAAAGCUCAUCUUCCCUCCCUCCCUCCCGAGUCAGACUUCUCACGUCACUCUUGCCACCCUUUCAGCCGUGACGGUUUCAGAACAUCGGACACACACCUCACUUGGAAGAGACGAUCUACCGGUUCAUCUGACAAGAUCCCAUAUCUACCAUCCAAAAACCGCCUCGUCCUCACACUCCCGAGAUCAUAACCAGACCGCAUCCUCCUCCUAAUCUAACAAUGGCCCCCUCGCUCUUCCGUCUCGCCUCGUGGCUCGCUGCCGCGGCCGGCACCGUCCUCGCCGCCCCCGUCGAGCGCCGCGGCGUCAUCGGCCACGAUGCCGUCGUCGGCUUCAAGGAGACCGUCCCCUCGGGCACCGUCGGCAACCUGUACCUCAAGUACAAGCCCUACCUCAAGGUCGUGAACGGAUGCGUUCCCUUCCCUGCCGUCGACGCCGCCGGAAACACUGGUGGCGGCCUCAAACCCACGGGCAGCUCCAACGGCGGCUGCUCCUCCAGCACCGGCCAGGUCUACGCCCGCGGCGCCUCCUACAACGGCGCCUACGCCAUCAUGUACUCGUACUACAUGCCCAAGGACUCGCCCGCGACCGGCCUGGGCCACACCCACGACUGGGAGAACAUCGUCGUCUGGCUCUCGGCCGCGUCCGAGUCCGCCACGGUCCUCGGCGUCUCCGUCUCGGCCCACGGCGACUACGACAAGAAGACGUCCGGCAUCAGCUACACCAGCACGACGCACCCGCGCGUCGGCUACCGCAGCAUCUUCCCCGUCAACCACCAGAUGAUCUUCACCAGCGACCAGGGCGGCCAGCAGCCCGUCAUCGCGUGGGAGUCGCUGCCCGCGGCCGCGCGCACCGCCCUGGAGAACACCGACUUUGGCAGCGCCAACGUGCCCAUGAAGGAGGGCAACUUUGUCAACAACCUCGGCAAGGCCGCGUUGUAAUCGCACGGCGGCUUCAUGAACUGGGCUCGGUUGCUCGGAUGAGAUGACACAAGAGACGGGAGGGGAGGGUUUUGAUUGAUGAUUUACUACUUUAAUCGGGCGGGAGGCUGGCCAAUUAAUUGGCUGGUGUCGCUGACGACUUCAUGCACAUACUUAUAUAUAUAAUUAGCGGGGGCGAGAGGUUCAAUGCUCUCUGACGAUGGCUCCCUAGUACAUAAUCGAAUGCGCUUUUACUCGUUA